UGUUGAUGAUGAGGCCUAGCGGGUGCAGCGUGUGCGUUAUGUUUACCAGGAAAGUACAUACUGUAGGCCUACUACUACUAGGCUAGUACUACAGUCAGUAAGCCUAGCUAGGGUUGACUGGAUGGCUAGACGCUUUUUCAUUCGUAUAGCAGCAUACGAACUUUUUCUUUUAAGAUUCAUAUUUUUAAUGUCCACUGAAUUGUUGGUCCAUUGAAGCUAUGGGAAAAUCCAAGAAAAGUCAGUCAAAAGACCCAGUGUUGGUUGAGGAAGAGGAAGUGACAGUAGGUCCAGAAACAUUUCACAAAAGCUUAGAAGAGUUGAAAAAGGCUCUGAACAUUUUAGGGUUUGAAAUAACACCAAAAAAGAAACCUUCCACAGAAAAGAUUGCCUCACCAAUUGCUGAUGUCAUCAACGAGUCAAGAAAACGCAAGGUGUCAACAGGUUCAAAUACGGAAGCUGAAUCCAGCGAACCACAUCCAAAGAGACAUAAACAUGGCAAGCAUCGUCAUCAUAAACAUAAGGAAAAAGGAGAUGGAAGCGAAACGAAGCUACCUGCUACCAUUACAAGCCCAGAAGCUGAAAAUUCUAUUGAAAGAGUGGCCCCGUUUUGUUCGACGCCUGUGUCAUCUGGUGCUAAAUCUGCCAAAAGAGCUGUUUUGGAAGGAGCUCCACUAUCGGCAACAAUGGCUUCUUCUCAGUCCUCAGAAUCUGAUCAGUUUAGUUUAGUAAAAAUGUCUCCAUUGAAUAAUAGCAAAUAUUUGAAAAAACAUAAAAAAGAUUCAGAAUUUGAGGAAUUACCAAUAACAUCUAAAAAAUCACCAAAGAAAAAGCAAAAAACAAAGAAUUACAAUGAACAGACCACCCAACCAAAUUCUAAACCAGCAUCAAAGGAGAAAAUCUCACAGAAAAGUGAUUCACAAAGUGGCUUGGGAGGUGAUUGGACACGGCAGGAAAUAGCAAGUGGAGAUGCAAAGAAAUUAGCGUUGUUAGAAAAAUAUUUUUCUGGAGAAAAGGGUGCAAAGAAACAAGAAAUAAAAGAAACGAAAGGGGAGAAGAAAUCAGCAGGAAAACCUUCACCAUCCAAUAAACAAAAUGUAAUAGAGAAAUCUAAUCAGCUAAUUGGAAAUACCUCAGAAUUACACAUUGGAAAAGACAUUAUUAAGGCAUCAACUUCUGGAUAUAAAGUCAACAAACCUUUAAUGAAAAGCAUAUGUUACAAUAGUAGUGAAGCCCAUACAACCCUAAGUCAUAAAUCUCCUGCAAAGAAAUUAAAAAUGGAUACAACUUCAGUAUUAAUUGCAACAAAAACUCAGAAACUUAAAAAUACCAAAUGUCCACCAGAUAGUAAGACUGUGAAGGAACAUUCUGCACCGGACAGUCAGCAAGUAUCCUUAGAGCAAGAAACUGUAACUGAAAAAAGAAAAAGAGCCAAAAAGCAGAAAAAAGAGGACACAACAGCAGCUUUUGUUGGCACUAAUAAAAGUCUUGACAUAUCAAAAGAUAAGGGAACUUCUGAUGACUCUCAAUCCUCUUCAUCUACAAAUGAUUCCCAAGAAUUAAAGUCUAGUGAGAUAUCUUCUAAAAAGAAGAAAAAGAAGAAACAUACAAAGAAAAGUAAGAAGCGAGAGAAAAAGAAUAAGAAAGAAACUUCAAAAUCAAAGAAAGUAAAAUCUACUAAACCCGGAAUUGUUAAUACUCAACCAAUUAGCUUUCCAGCUAAGUCUUCGAUACUCCUGAGUGAGUCUAAAAAGACUAAGAAGCCAAAUGACAAGGUUAAAACAGUGGCCAGUAGUACAUUCAAUAGUCCACAGAAGGAGCGGUCUCUGUCCUCCAUUACACCAGAGAUUAAACAAGUUGUGAAAGUCAACAAAGUUAAAAAACAUAGAGUUAAAAGUAAAAAUGAGAACAUUAGUCAGGCAGAAAAAGAAAAAAAAUCAUUGUCCUUACAAGACAUUUCACAGGUAACAAAUCAAAUGGAAUCUAAACCACCAGAAAAGAAGAGUAAGAAAAAACAGAAAACAAUUGAAAAUACAAAAACUAAUAACAGUCAAGUAAUAAAUAUAGAUGUUAUGAAGAAAACAUCUACAGCAAAGAUGGAUGGCAAAUCAGUCAAGAAUUGUUUAACUGGAAAUUUGAAAUCCUCAGAAAUUAAAAAAUCAAAAGCACCACAAAAGAAUACUCUGUCAAAAGACUCUAAAACUGCCAAGGAAACUCUUACGAGUCCUUUAACGAAAACACAAGAGAUUUCAAAUGUAAAAGGUAAUGUUAAGUCAAAGAAACCUGUUGGAGAUGAUGAAUUGUUUUCUAAGUCAUUUGACUUCGAUGCUUGGGAAGAAAAAAUGAAAAUGAUAGAGCUUUUGAAGUCUGGUGGAAAAUUAGAAAAAAAUGAGUCUGAGGAAAAGGUACCCACUCCCUCUUUCGAGGAUAGUGCACCAGCGUCCAGAGACAAGAAGAAGAAAAAGAAAAAAACAAAACAUUAACCUGAAAUUAUGAACCAAGACGUCAGCAAGAAUUGUACUGUGAAGACGAUAUCGUUGUGUAAAGACGAAUUUGUGAAAGAUUUAUUAAUAUCUGAAGUUUUCCCUUUAAUUGGUAAAUUCAAAUGGAAAGUUUUUUUGUGCGUAAUUAUUCCUGACUCUAUUAAUUACACAUAGAACUUGUUUUUAAAAUAUUUUCAGUUCAUUAUAAAUUCGUAAGUUCAUAUAGAUAGCUGAAUAUAAUUUGCAUGAUUUUAUGUGUCUGUGGAUUAAAAAACUCUUUAAAUUUGUCAAAGAUUUUAUAUGCUGACGAUCGUGUCCUGCUGGACUGUGAAGCGCCAUCUAGUGCCGGUAAUGAGCCGCAGUUCAUAACACGUACAUUUUCAAUGAUAUUUUACAACUUUGUACAUAUUUCUACAGACGAAUUGAAAUAAUUAAUGAUCGAUUUAUCUUCCUCGGUAUUUGCCUUGUACAUUUUGUAAUAAAUUUAACACUAAAAUACAUAUA